GAACACCUGAAGAACCGCAUCUCGUUUCCGUUGCUUCUCUUUGAAGCCAGUUCAACCCACACAAGUAUCUGCUUUUCGUUGCUUCUCUUCUGAAUCCAGGUCAGCUGAGUCUAACGAUCAUGAGGGAAAUUCUCCACGUUCAGGCAGGCCAGUGCGGGAACCAGAUCGGUGCCAAGUUUUGGGAAGUCGUUUGUGAAGAGCAUGGAAUCAGCCCAGUCGGAGAUUAUCGUGGGAAUACCGCCCUUCAGCUUGAUCGCAUCAACGUCUACUUCAAUGAAGCGUCUGAAGGCCGUUACGUCCCCCGCUCUGUCCUUAUGGACUUGGAACCUGGCGUCCUGGAUAGCGUUCGCGCUGGUCCUUAUGGGAAGAUUUUCAGGCCCGACAACUUUGUUUUCGGACAGAGCGGUGCUGGUAACAAUUGGGCUAAAGGACAUUACACCGAAGGUGCUGAGCUGAUCGACUCCGUUCUUGAUGUUGUUCGGAAGGAAGCCGAGAACUGUGACUGCCUUCAAGGGUUUCAGGUCUGCCACUCUCUGGGAGGCGGUACAGGUUCUGGAAUGGGUACCCUUCUUAUAUCCAAGAUGCGUGAAGAAUUUCCCGACAGAAUGAUGCUAACGUUCUCGGUGUUCCCCUCGCCUAAGGUUUCUGAUACUGUUGUUGAACCGUACAACGCGACUCUCUCUGUCCAUCAAUUGGUCGAGAAUGCGGAUGAGUGCAUGGUUCUUGACAACGAGGCACUUUAUGACAUCUGCUUUCGAACUCUGAAGCUGGCUAAUCCGAGCUUUGGAGAUCUGAACCAUUUGAUAUCGGCGACCAUGAGUGGGGUUACUUGCUGCCUUCGCUUUCCGGGACAGCUGAAUUCGGACCUCAGGAAGCUUGCCGUCAACUUGAUACCCUUCCCCCGUUUGCACUUUUUCAUGGUUGGGUUUGCUCCGCUAACUUCUCGCGGUUCGCAGCAGUACAGGUCUCUCACGGUUCCUGAGCUCACCCAGCAGAUGUGGGAUGCCAAGAACAUGAUGUGCUACGCUGAUCCACGUCAUGGUCGCUACCUGACUGCUUCAGCGGUGUUCAGGGGGAAGGUCAGCACGAAGGAGGUGGACGAACAGAUGCUGAAUAUUCAGAACAAGACCUCGUCUUACUUUGUGGAGUGGAUUCCAAACAACGUGAAGUCCAGCGUAUGCGAUGUGGCUCCCACGGGACUCAAGAUGUCAUCCACUUUUAUUGGGAACUCUACUUCGAUUCAAGAAAUGUUCAAGCGAGUUGGUGAGCAGUUUACAGCCAUGUUCAGGCGGAAGGCUUUCCUGCAUUGGUACACAGGUGAAGGCAUGGAUGAGAUGGAGUUUACUGAAGCAGAGAGCAACAUGAAUGACCUCGUAUCCGAGUAUCAGCAGUAUCAGGAAGCGACGCUGGAUGAUACUCCUCUGGAAGAGGGGGAGCGUGAGUUCGAAGAGGCUUGAUAAGUGCCCGUUCGAUGCUGCAGUACUUCUGACGCUGUUUUUUCCAUUGGUGGAUGUGAAUCUCAUGACUCAAUAUACUAGUAGGUCCGAAGGUUUAACUAAUGCCCUGUGGUGCUGUGCGGAUAUGUGUCCUAGAGAGCGGUGUUCUUUCUGCUGUACACAAUUUCGUUUGAUGAUCUUGUAAAGCCUAAUACACUUCAGUGCAUACC